UUUAUUCCAAGAAUAAGCUCUUAUUUUAUCUUAUCGCGCAUUCCAACCAUGCGUAGACAUCUAGUAUGUGGACUAAUAUCAAAGUCAAGUUUAGUUUUAAAUCUAACGCAUCUAACGCAUUCCACAUUGACAUUCCUAAAAGCAUGAUCAAGAAAGAAACCAGUUAUACUUGUCACUGAAAACCUGCUCAUGCCUUUUCUAGCACUAUAAAAACCACGCUCGAAUAGAUUUCAGUCAUUUACGAGUCAAAUAUUGUGUCGGACCGAAGCAUUAUACCAUCAUACAGAAUACAUAAGCGUUAUAAGUAUAACAUCUUUUAUCGCGAGAUUCGAUUUUCAGGAGAUUGCUGCUAACGAUUAUCAAUACUAAUGGCGUUGACAAUUUUAUUUUAUCUGAGUGUUUUGGCAUUUUCUCAAGCUGUAGUUCUUCCAAAUCAGGAUUAUUAUCAUCCACACGUAGUUCGGCAUUAUACGAUUCGCAUACAAAACACAUCAAACAACGCUGUUUGUACCGGUGCAAUUCUGAACGAGACUCGUGUUAUAACAACAGCAACUUGCUUCCUUCCUCACGGAAAUACAUCCAGACCAGAACAAUUGCGUAUUCUUGUUGGCAACGCUAAUUUUGGUGAUAAUUUUACAUCCACACACAAUGUCGUACAGAUUAUAGUGCACGAAAAUUUCACUGCUUUUCCUAUCGCAAUCAACGAUAUUGCUUUGCUACAGGUAACUCCUCCUAUCAUACCUUCUGACAUCAUACAAUUUGUCAAGUUGCCGGAAAACGACGACGUUUCAAACGAUGACAUUUACCGAUUCGCUAUCCUUGGAUUCUGCACAAAUGAAAGAAAAUUCUACAUUCCGAAUCCCUUGUUCUCAGUAAUGAGUUUUAAUACGAAAGAUCAGGAUUUGCGUAAAAGAAUGGAUGAACAUAAAUUUGAAACGAACGGUUAUUGUACGGAUUGUAUGUUCGAUCCUGGUGCGCUAAUUAUUCGGAAUGGAAAACUCGUUGGAUUGAAGUCCUCCAACCACCGUGACAAUAUAUGCAAACCAUUCAUUUUCACACGUGUCGCUUCUUACCUUACGUGGAUUAAAUAAGAAAAAGAAACAGCAACUUAAUCAUUUUAUUAUUUUGUCAAUCAAGAUUCAUAUAGUUUGCCCAUCAAUUUGUAUGCAACACUAUAAUUAUGAAAUAUUAAAUUUUUAGUUUGCAUUUAAAUCUUCCGCACUUGUUUUCCUCCGAUAAAAUUUCCUUGCGUUCUAAAACAAUCGAGUGACGUUUCAUUGUUAGCAUUAAAUUGAAAAAGCAGCACGUGUUUACUCACGAUUACAAGAGACGUAGAAUCUUAGCAAUUUAAAUAUAAUUUUCUUCAGAUGCGUGUUCCCCUGAAAACGUCUUGUUCAAUAUGGAAUAGCACGUGCGACGCAAGUGCAAUUAAGUGAUUAAAGCUGAGAGA